UUAAUCGAGCGAUCAAACGAGUAGGAACUCAAUAUGAGACUUUUUACGAUUUUAUUGCUGACGCUGAUGUCGCUUGUCGGUCGUGCGCCGAAGUCGGAAGGUGCCAAGAUCUUGGCCACAUUUACCUUUCCCGGCCGCUCUCAGUAUAUCUUUGCCGAGUCGUACUUGAAAGCUUUGGCAGCACGGGGUCAUGAGGUGACAGUGAUCAAUGCCUUUGAGAAUAAGCCGGUGCCGAAUAUGAGAUUUAUAACAAUACCCAAAAUCCACGAACAUUACGAGGAAAUAAUCGGGCUUCUGUCCGUAAAUGGAUAUUGGAAGAAGCAAAUGGUAUACAGUUCGAUGGUAUCAAUCGUUUCUAAGUGCUUCUUUCAGGAUGAGAAAGUGCAACAGUUAAUGAAAUCUGAUGAAAAAUUUGACUUGUUAAUUGCUGAGGUACUCCUAACGGAGUCAGUGUUUGGACUUGCCCAACAUUUCAAUGCGUCCCUCAUGGGCUUCUCCACUUAUGGCAACGAUUAUUAUAUUGAUGAACUAUUGGGCAACAUAUCGCCGCUGUCCUACAGUCCGCUAAUCACUUCGCCCAGGUGCAACCCGAUGAGUUUCUACGACCGUCUAGAGAAUCAUUUCGAGUUUUGGAUAGAGAAAGCAGUAUACUGGUUAAUACACCAUCCCAAGAUGGAGCUAGAGUAUGCCAAGUACUUUCCACAGGCCACAAAAACACUCAAUGAAGUCCUGGACAGCUGGUCACUUAUAUUGUUGGGUCAACAUUUCUCACUAAGCCACGCACGUCCCUAUAUGCCCAACAUGAUUGAGGUGGGGGGACUGCACAUCUCUCACAAGCCGAAACCCUUGCCCGCGGAUAUCAAUCAGUUUAUUGAGUCAUCUCCAGAUGGUGUCAUCUAUUUUUCACUGGGAACUAAUAUUAAAAGCAAGGAUUUGCCUGUAGAAACUAAGGAUACACUAUUAAAAGUCUUUAGCGGUCUCAAGCAACGUGUGCUCUGGAAAUUUGAAGAUGAUCAGUUACCUAAUAAGCCCGAUAAUGUGCUCAUCAGCAAAUGGUUUCCACAGCCCGACAUCCUAGCCCAUCCCAAGGUAAAACUCUUCAUCACCCAUGGCGGUCUCCUAAGCACCAUUGAGAGCAUUUAUUUUGGCAAGCCUGUCCUUGGUUUGCCCGUCUUUUUCGAUCAGUUCAUGAAUGUUAAGCACGCCGCACGUAAGGGUUUCGGACUCAGCUUGGAUUUGCUGAACCUAAAGCAAUCCGAGCUGGAGCAAACGAUAAAUACACUGCUAACGACGCCGAGUUAUCGACAGGCUGCUUCUACUCUCUCCAGUCUUUAUCACGAUCAGCCAGAGUCGACAAUGGAUCGCGCCAUUUGGUGGACUGAGUAUGUGUUGCGGCACAAGGACGCUUCCCACUUGCGAGCCCCAUCGCGAGACAUGAACUAUGUGCAGCUACACAGCUUGGAUACUUUGGCGGUGCUCUUGGCCGUGCCCUUCACAUUGCUGUUAAUGCUGAUAACAUUAACGUGUUGGCUACUGCGCCUGCUCGUCGGGGCAAAGAGAAUGCGUGGCGAUAAGCAGAAGAUACACUAAAUAUUUGUUUUGUGAUAGUGUGUUAUUGGGUGGUGUUCUAACCACUUAGACUAAUAAUACUUUUGUUAUCAGUUAUACAAGAGCUAAGUUUUAUUGUGCCUAGGUCACCAACACUGUUCCUUUCCAUCUGAUGUGUUAUAGGUACAUGGCUAAAUUGACUAGCCUCUUGAUAGCGAUCAAGAGAAGCAUAUCUACUUUAUACAAUUUUUACUCAUUCAUAAUACAUUUAUCGCGUAAGAGUAGAGAAAUUUGUAGAAACCCUUAAAUUUGAUUUUCAAUUUUAUUUUAUUUUAUUUUAUGGAAUUCAGCGUAAAUUACAAAUAAACUGUCUACUGCAAA